AUGGGUAGUAAUGCCAACCCCAACUGGCUCGCGAAGGAGCCUAUCGCGAUAGUGGGAAGCUCGUGUCGUUUUCCAGGCGGCGCUAGUUCCCCCUCAAAGCUUUGGGUGCUUCUCAAGGAUCCUCGGGAUAUCGUGCAAGAAAUCCCACCCAGUCGAUUUGAUACCAAGGCAUUUUAUCACCAAGACAGCCAACACCAUGGGAGUACAAACGCAAAGUAUGCCUACCUCCUGCAGGAUGACCCCCGGGCUUUCGACCGCGAUUUCUUUAACAUCAGCCCAAAGGAGGCCGAGGCAAUGGACCCCCAACAGCGAUGCCUCCUCGAGACCGUUUACGAAGGUAUUGAAUCGGCCGGCUACUCCAUCCCCCAGCUUCGGGGAUCAUCCACUGGCGUCUUUGUGGGAGCCAUGAGCUUCGACUACCAGCUCGUUGCCAUGCGUGGCCUCGACAGCCUGCCGCAGUACCAUGCAACCGGCGGUUCGAUGGCAAUCCUGGCCAACCGUGUGUCGUACUUCUAUGACUGGAAAGGCGCAUCGGUUGCCUUUGAUACAGCCUGCUCGUCAUCGCUCGUUGCCCUACACCAGGCGGUCCUUGCUCUGCGAAGCGGAGAAGUAGACAUGGCGGUUGCAGCAGGGGCGAAUCUCAUCCUUGGACCUGAGCCAUUUAUUGCUUAUUCAAAUCUAAAUAUGCUGUCCCCCAACGGGCGAUCAUACAUGUGGGAUUCUUCUGCCGAUGGAUAUACGCGCGGCGAGGGAUUCGCUGCCAUUAUUCUCAAGACUCUUAGCCAAGCUGUGGCUGAUGGUGACCACAUCGAGUGUAUUAUCCGUGAAACGGGUGUGAAUUCCGAUGGCCGGACACCAGGCAUCACAAUGCCGAACUCUGAGGCACAAGCUCGACUUAUCCGAGACACAUACACCAAGUGCGGGCUAGACCCGACGAACCCAAGAGACCGUCCACAAUACUUCGAAGCACAUGGCACCGGAACGCCGGUGGGUGACCCUAUCGAGGCGCGGGCAAUACACGACGCUUUCUUCCCGGGGCAUCCAGACCAGAAUCAUGGCCAGCUCUAUGUUGGAUCGAUCAAAACCGUCAUUGGUCACACAGAGGGCAGUGCAGGACUGGCUGGCGUGCUCAAGGCGUCGUUGGCGGUCCAGCACGGCCAGAUUCCAGGUAACCUACAUCUUCGGGAGCUGAACCCCAAAAUUCGACCAUUCUUCAACCACCUCCGCAUCCCGACAGAGUUAACCCCCUGGCCCGCGCUUCCAGAGGGCCAACCGCGUCGUGCAAGUGUGAAUAGUUUCGGCUUUGGCGGGACCAAUGCGCACGCUAUCAUCGAAAGCUGGGAUGGGGGCUACGAGCGCUAUCAUGUGUCGGAAUCGCGUCCGGCUGGACUCUUCGUCCUAUCUGCUAACUCGGCCCAGGCCCUGGCAGCAAAGGCUGCAGAGUUAGCCAACUAUCUACGAGAUCAUCCCGACACAGAUCUUGGUAGGCUUUCUCGCACCCUGUUCCAGAGGUCGGAAUUCCCGUUCCGGGCCUCCUUCUCAGCCACGUCGGCCACCCAGCUUGCCGAUAAGCUCGAAACAGGCACAGAAGCACUCAGCAAGACGUCACGCAUCGCAACCAUUCCCAAUUCACUACCGCCCCGGAUACUCGGUGUCUUCACUGGGCAAGGUGCUCAGUGGGCUACUAUGGGUUGGGAGCUCUACCAAGCAUCCGCCGUGUUCCGCACGUCGUUGGACCGGCAGCAGCGAAGCCUCGAUACGCUCCCCGACGGCGAUCGCCCGGACUGGUCCCUGAUCGACGAGCUCUCGGCACCAAAGGAGACCUCCCGCGUCGGUAUCGCAGCCAUCUCCCAGCCUCUCUGCACUGCUCUCCAAGUGGCGCUCGUAGACGUCCUCCGCACGGCUGGCGUUGAGUUUUCUGCCGUUGUUGGACACUCGUCGGGUGAGAUUGGUGCCGCCUAUGCUGCGGGAUACCUGGAUGCCCGGGAUGCUAUUCGUGUGGCUUAUUAUCGAGGGUUUCAUUCUCAUCUGGCACAGGGGCCCGGAGGAAAGCGUGGCAAGAUGAUGGCUGUUGGCAUGAGCUUGGAUGAGGCAUUGGCAUUUUGCAACGAGUUUAGUUCGGCACUCAAGGUGGCUGCUAACAACUCUCCAACGAGUUGCACGCUGGCGGGAGACGCCGAUGCUAUCGAUGAGGCCAAGGCACUGCUGGACCAGAGCAACACUUUUGCCCGCGUGCUGGCGGUCGACACAGCAUAUCAUUCUCACCACAUGCGGCCAUGCGCCUCACCCUAUCUCGAAUCGCUACGCAGUUGUGGGAUCAGCGUUCUGAAGGGUCGCAAAAAAUGCGUGUGGUACUCGAGUGUUUGGGGUGCAAAUGGCCGCAGUCGCUCCUUCGACGACCAUCAUGGUCUUGAGUUGCUCGGGGGACAGUACUGGGUCGAUAAUCUGACCAGUACGGUGCAGUUCUCCCAGGCAGUAAGCAGAGCAGUGUCUGAAGAAUCCUACGUCUUGGAUCUCGCCCUUGAAAUUGGACCGCACCCGGCUCUCAGGGGUCCAGCCUCCGAGGUGAUCAAGUCGUUGACGGGUGUAGCUGUUCCGUAUUCUGGUGUCCUUAAACGCGGAGAGGGUGCUGUUGAGGCCUUUGCCGCUGGUUUAGGACUCAUCUGGUCGUUGUUCCCGUCGAUGCGCCCUAUCAUCACCUUUGACGGCUUACACCGAGCCUUCCCCCAAGCCAGCCCAAAGUAUCCUGUAAUUCUCAAGGACCUGCCGCCUUACCCCUGGGAUCAUGAUAGCCUCAUCUGGCGUGAGUCCAGAGCAUCUUGCAUCUUCCGCACUCAGAGCCAGCCUCGCGAACUCCUCGGCUUUCCGGUCACACUCGGUGAGCAUGGCCGGCGCGAGGUUCAUUGGCGACAGGUCUUCAAACUAAGUGAACUGCAAUGGGUGAAGGGCCAUGCCAUCCAGGGCGAAGUUCUUUUCCCGGCAACGGGGUACCUGACCAUGGCGUAUGAGGCUGCUGUGCGUCUCGUCAAUGACCAUCAGGCACUGCGUCUUGUCGAGCUGCAUGACAUUGAGAUGGUGCGUGCCAUGAGCUUGCAGGAAGAUUCCCCGGGUCUUGAGGUUCUCUUUACCAUACGUGUUACGAGCCAGUCCGACAGCUGCAUUGCCGCCGAGGUGGCCUGCUACAGCGGCGAUAUCAACGUGACGAAACUGGACGGCCCUUUGACAGGGCUUACAGCCCAUUUCAGCGGCAGCGUGCGGAUUUGGCUUGGCCUGCCCCUGAAAAACGCCCUGCCUCCCCGGACGGAGCCUCUGCUGCCCAUGAACACGUUGGACCUGGAGCAGUUCUACUGGUAUUUGUCCAAAGUGGGCUACAACUACUCAGAUGCUUUCAGAGCCAGCUCAGUGGACCGCCGCCUUAACCAGGCCGUGGUAACCGUCCCGGCUCCCCCUGAGCCGACUACAAUUCGGUCUUCUAUGCACCCCACGGUCCUCGACACUGCCAUCCAAGGCCUCUUGGCCGGGUUUUCAUAUCCAGAAGACGGUCGUCUCAGGACGGUGUAUCUGCCAACCGCCAUUGACUGCAUCCGUAUCAACAUGGUGGCACCACCUGCGUCUCCCGGCGUCCUCAUGGCAGAUAGCUUUCUGACCUUGGCGGAUGCAAAGUCACUUGAAGGCGACGUAGAUGUUUUCGACUCAAAAGAUGCCACCAUCCAUGUCCAACUGCGCGGAGUCCACUGGACCGCCCUGAACCAGGAGGAAGAUCGCUGGCUCUAUGCAGCCGAGACAUGGGUGCGAGAUGCGGCUUACGGGAUUGAGCCCAGGCUCAAGACCAAACUCUCUCCAGAGAAUAGUUUGUUACGCACGCUUCUUGUGCGAACCGCUUACUUCUACCUGCGGAGUCUUCGAGACCAGAUCAAACCCUCUGAGCUUUUACUUAUGAGCAAACAUCGGCGGCACAUGAUGAAGUGGGUCAGGGAGCAUCUAUUUCCCCAGAUCGAAGCCGGCAAGCACCCCGAUAUUCAAGCAGAGUGGUCCAACGACACUCUCGAGGACGUGGAGCAAUGGAGCGCCAGCUAUUUGGCUUCAGGAAACAAUGAUAUGCAGCUACUACAUGCCGUGGGUGGUAAGCUGCCAGCCAUAGCUCGCGGAACUAUUCCUCCUCUCCAGGUACUGAUGAAGGACGGUAUGCUCGACCGUUUGUAUGUGGAGGGAGUCGGGUUUGCUGACGGCAACCUCGAUCUCGAGUCCUUGGUUAAGCAGCUUGCACAUCGGUACCCUCGUAUGAAGGUGCUCGAAGUCGGUGCUGGGACGGGUGGUACUACUCGAGCGGUGCUUUCGGCUUUGGACGGCAAAUACACAUCAUAUACGUACACGGAUAUCUCGGCCGGCUUCUUUGAGCCUGCGAAAGCAAAGUUCAGCCAGCAUCUGAGUCAGCUGUCGUUCAAGAUGCUCAACAUCGAAAAGGACCCGGUAGAGCAAGGAUUCGAGGAGGGCUCGUUCGAUAUGGUCGUUGCCUCGAACUGCCUCCACGCAACACGGAGCCUGAAGGAUACCGUCCGCCACUGUCGCCGCUUACUUCGACCUGGGGGGUACUUGGUGCUGCUGGAGAUCACACGCGACCAUCUUCCAAUCCAGCUCAUCAUGGGUACGCUUCCUGGGUGGUUCCUGGGCGCCGAUGAGGGACGAGUCUGGGCUCCCACGAUCGGCCUCGACGAGUGGGAUGCUUUACUGAAGGUCACCGGGUUUUCAGGGGUGGACACAAGCUCGACGCCUUCCUUCUGUUCGGUCAUCUUAUCCCAGGCAACCGACGAAACCAUCCAGAUGCUCCGUCAGCCCCUUUCCACCAAUUCUCAGUCGCCAAUGCCGCCUCUCGACCAACAAGUCCUGGUCGUCGGCGGUUCUGAACUCGCAUCCAGGUCGCAAACACUCCUCGCUUCUGCCGGGGCUGUCAUCAGACGUAACCUUGAGGGCAUUGAGAUUCCCAGCGGUGCCGUUGUGCUCUGCCUUUGUGACCUGGACAGCCCGGUCUUUAACUCCAUGAGCCAGUCGAGGUUCGAAGCCGUGCAGGCCGUCUUCCGAAACGCCAGUACUGUUCUAUGGGUGAGUUCAGGGGCGACUUCUGGCAAGAAUCCCCUGGCCAACGUGACCGUGGGAUUGGGACGGACUCUUCUGGCCGAACGUAGUGACCUGAGGCUUCAGUUCCUCGACGUCGAUGCGCCCGCAACCCUUGAACCGUCUUUACUAGCAACUCUUCUCCUCCGACUUACCGGGAUGAAUUCAGACUACAAUUCGGACGAGAUCCUCUGGACCCCUGAGCCCCAGCUUACACUAAGGGACGGUGCUAUAUAUAUACCCAGGGUUCUGGCUCUGGAUGCUAUCAAUCUUCGGUCCACGGCGAGGCACCGACAAGUCACCCAGCUGACCAGCUUUGAGCUUCCAGAUAUAGUCAUCGAGGUCACGAAGCGACACGGAGCACUCGAACUGCUGUAUCGCCAUCACCAUGAGCAUGUCCACAAUGUUAAGCCAGGCGAGGUGCGUGUGAAGGUCACGGCAUCGUCUCUUUACUCCCUUGUCUGCUGCGAAGGUUCGUCCAAGAUGUCUGCAUCUGCAUCUUCGAGGCCUGCUCAUCUGUGGGUGGGCCACGACAUGGUAUCAGGGGAUAAACUCGUCGGCCUUUCACACGCAAGCAGCUCCAUCGUCACGGUUGCUGAGGAUUGCGUCUUGUAUCGCCAACGCAGUGCCGCCAACACCGCCGCCGAGGAGUCGGUCGACGCCGCGCAACAGCUCCACCAUUUCACAGCUCAGGCGCUAGUGAAGCAUCUCCUUCGCGACUUGGAGGGCCCCGUCUGGAUUCACGGCGCCCCAAAUCAUCUCAGCAAGGCAAUUUCCCGUGUUGCUGCAGAGCAGUGUCUCACCGUGUUCGAGACGACGUCGGAUAUGGAGAGAGCUGGCGACUGGGGUUUCAUCCAUCCCUACAUCAGCAAGCGAAAUCUUCAAUCACUACGCAUGCGCAUGAGAGACGUGAAAACGUUCAUCGACUUGAAGCCCUGGAAGAGCAACAGUAUUUCGGCGCUGCUGCGUGCCUCGUCUCCACGUUCCAGGCUCGUUACCAUCGACAUCGAAGAUCUGAAUGAUCUGAUUAUUGGAUUGAGCCGCGAGGACCUAUGCAGGCUGGCCAGACAGCACUUUGAAGACCAUGACAACAUCCGGAGGGGCCCGGAUAACCUAGACCAGAUCCUGCCCAUCGAAAACGUAACAACGGAGGUAGUCAAGGGGUUGGGCCCUGCAACGGUGAUUGACUGGUCCGCUACCGACAAAGUCACCACCGUGGUCCAUCCUGUCGAGCACAACGGGCUCUUUGCCGCUAACAAGACAUAUCUUCUCUUCGGCAUGACGGGAGAUGUAGGCAUUUCAAUUGCUCUAUGGAUGGUGGAUCACGGAGCUCGGAGCGUCGUCCUGGCCAGCCGUAAGCCCAGUGUGCCAGCCAGUGUGGUUGAGCAUAUGUCGCAAAAGGGGGCAGACCUGCGUGUCAUGGCCGUUGACAUUACGAACAGAGAUGCUCUGAGAACCUUUUAUGCCGACAUCAAGUCCAGCAUGCCGCCGGUCGGCGGCGUCAUCAAUGGUGCGAUGGUGCUUCGGGACCGUCUCUUUGUCGACAUGUCCUGGCCCGACUUUGAGGCCGUGCUGGCGCCCAAGGUUGUGGGAACUCAGAAUAUUGAUGAACUCUUUGGCGACGGUGAAGAGGAUGAGACUCUGGACUUCUUCAUCGUCCUCUCGUCGGCGACUUCGCUGGUCGGCAUUAUCGGCCAAUCCGCCUACAGUGCUGCGAACCACUUCGCGGCCAGCCUGGUGCGCCAGCGUCGCAGUCGUGGCCUGGCGGGUUCUGUCAUCGUCAUUGGGUUCCUGACGGGGCUGGGCUACAUCUUCCAUCGUUCAGACAAGGAACACCUCGCGACGAUUGAAAAGUCACUUCUGCCACGGCUGGAUAGACAAUCCGAGACAGAUCUGUGCGAGAUGCUGGCCGAGGCCAUUGUGUGCGGACGACCCAACUCAGACCAGCCACCCGAGCUAAUCACAGGUAUAAGGACGUCCUUCCAAGAGGCAUGGCACCAAGACCCGCGGCUUUCGUGCUAUCUCGUCCAAGAAGGAGUUCGAGAGAGCGGCGGUGGACCAGAGGAGGUCAACGGGAACGUUAAAGUCGAGGUUCAGCUGGCGGCGGUGGAGGAUCCCAAAGACGGGCUGACAGUCUUGGAGAAGUGCUUUUCCCAGGCUUUGGGCAACAUGCUCCAGCUCGACCCAGCGCAAAUAUCGGGCGAUGUUCCUGCAGUCAACCUUGGAGUCGACUCCCUCGUCUCGGUCCGGAUUCGUGAGUGGUUCCUGAAGGAGCUCGGCGUCGACGUACCCAUCCUGAAAAUUAUGUCCACGAACCACACUGUAUCUCGACUGUGUGAGGACGCUCUGACAGGCUGGCGAAGGCUUCAGGCAGGGUCCGAUAUGGCGGCGGCAACAUCCUCUUCCGGCACAGCUCGUCAGGACCCAGAGAUGGACUGGACAAAGGAAUUGACCGGACUUAUUGACGGAAUCCCUGCUCUUAUCCCGCAAGGAGCCGAGUCGGUCAAGGAUGCGCCUCGGAGAAGUGCACGGCGCAUCGUUCUCACAGGGUGCACAGGCUUCUUGGGUACGCACAUGCUUCGCAACCUGGUCGCAGAUGACAACGUUGCUGAGCUGCACUGUCUCUGCAUUCGCUCACGCCGUGUUCGCGUCCGGGACCCCAGGAUUCGAGAGUACAAAGGCGACCUGAUGAAGCCCCUGUUGGGGCUUUCUAACGACGACUUCAUCCGCCUCAGCCAGACUGCCGACUUGAUCAUCCACUUGGGCGCCGAGGUCAACCAUCUCAAGUCGUACGAGGCUGUACGCACCGCCAAUGUUGUCUCGACACAAGUUCUCCUCGCCAUGGCCACGCCGCGCGGUGUCCCCGUCCAUUUCGUAUCGUCAUCAUCGGUCGCCAUGCUGCAGAAGGGGACCCAUGAGCUGCCCGAGAUACCCCCGUCAGCCAUCUCCCCUCCGACCGAUGCCGAGUCCCUGAUGAAGAAUGCCAUAGGCUACGCUGCCAGUAAGUGGAUGGGCGAGAUGCUGCUAGAACACGCCGCGCCGCCUGCGGUUGUGCACCGCUUCCCCAACAUCAUGGGGCCCGAUGCUCCCGAUGAGAUCCCGCUAGUUGCGCUGGACCGCUUCUGCACCCGGAUGCGAGCCGUGCCGGCGUUGGAUCCGCAGCAGUGGGUAGGACAACUGGAUAUCAUCGAGGUCAGUGAUGUCGUGCCCGAGUUUUUGGCAAACGCAUAUGGGCACGAUCCCCAGAAGGGUUUUGCCGUGCACAACUAUUGCAGCAGUAACGAGUACUGGCUGUCGGACCUGGCGGGCAUGUAUGAGAAAAAGCUCGGCGGCCACAUUAAAGUCUUGCCGACGGCCGAGUGGAUGCGGAGAGCGACGGCCAUGGGGAUGCCGAAGGGAGUAGUGGCGACGUUUACUGGCCAUGACGAAGUCUUCGUAUCGCCAGUAUUGCGGAAGGGGUCAGGUUCGAGGUAA